GACUGCACUGUAUCAGCACCAGGGUCAAACAGCUCUUGUAGCAAACAGCAUCCCCUGAAGUGUGCGUGGAACGUCGUUCUCACAGAUAAAUAUGAUCACCCCCAGCCUUCUUUUUUACGUGCUAUAACAUCAGUGAUUAUUUUCUUUCUUUCCUUCCUUUUUAAUAUAUAUAUAUUUUCUUUAAAUUAACGGAUUUCAUAUAUUUAUUGAUAAGCUGCUAUUCCUGAGGAGAAAUGACGGGACACUGGGUCAUACAAGAUGUGGACAUCCAGACAUACGAACAAGGAAGAAGUCACAGGGAAUGUCAUCUGAAUCAAUGAUUUUGCUCUUCAACAUAAGCAGAAACCGUAAUCAAAAUCUAUGCACGAGAGACGUGGAGGCAGUUAUCUGCUACACAAGACUAAAGAGACAGACUGCCGAGCAUUUGUGACUACUGCCUGUGCAUGGCGUGGGAAUUUCGAGAGAAGACAGCGUGUCUUGGCCACUAAGCUCACCUUAAACCCUGUAGAGGUCACUGGAGUAUCUUCGGUCCUUACAGCCCCCCAGAUUCCCUAGCUGUCUGCAUCGGCAAACUCAUUUUGUUAAAACUUCUCCUAUACUUAUUCUGGAGCACAGGAUUUUGGUUUUAUAGAAAUACCCAGCCCUUAAUCGGUGAUCAUAUCUAUAUACACUCAUGCGCUGCAGCGUAAGAAAGAAACCUAUAUUCCUAAUUACUUUGGCUAAAAGGAACCCGGACGAUUUGGCCCAGACACCCUAGAAUGAAAACAUUGCUGUAUCCAGGAGAUCAUUUCAGUAUUGACCACAAGGGGUUUACACGCCUUUGAUAGCCACAAGGAGCAGCCAAGAUUUACAAUGGCCAAUGAACCAGUUAUACUAAAUGUGUAUGAUAUGUACUGGAUAAAUGAAUACACAUCUACCUUGGGAAUAGGUGUAUUCCAUUCAGGAAUAGAAAUUUACGGCAGAGAAUUUGCUUAUGGAGGACACCCAUAUCCAUUUAGUGGGAUUUUCGAGAUCACACCGGGUAGUGCAGUAGAACUUGGAGAGACAUUUAAAUUCAAGGAAUCUAUUGCACUUGGAACCACAGAUUUCACAGAGGAAGACAUUGAUAAUAUCAUGGAAGAGCUAGGGAAGGAAUACAAGGGGAAUGCAUACCACCUAAUGCACAAAAACUGCAACCACUUCUCCGCAGUGCUGGCUGAGAUGCUGUGUGGGAAGGAAAUCCCACGUUGGGUAAACCGAUUAGCCUAUUUCAGUUCCUGCAUCCCAUUUCUCCAGAGUUGCCUUCCUAAGGAAUGGCUGACGCCUGCGGCCUUGCAGAGUCACAUCACACUUGGCCUCCAAAGAGAAGAUCAGGGUGACACAACAGAUGACGACUCACCGUCCACCUCUGCAGGAGGAGCUGCGUCUGGUGCUACAAGAUCCUGUAGACACACUAGAGUGUAAUACACAUUACGUGUCACUCAGGACUGUCGUGUGUCUCUUCGAACAUUUCUAUAGCUCACCAUUCUGCAAUUUUAAACAAAAAGACUGCCUCGUUUUCUCAGUUUUAUUUUCAGACAAUCGUAAUGUUUUACAUGUCUU